AUGAGUUUGGAGAAUCUGAGCCACGAAGAAAUCAAGAACAAGUAUUUGGGGCUCAAGACUAAUAUAGAAAGACUCAAUGAUGAAAGAUCUUACCAAAGUUUCGCUUAUAUAGAUGUUGACGUCGAGGCUUUUCCUAAAUCUGUUGACUGGAGAAAGAAAGGAGCCAAGUGCACUAUGUCAAGAACCAAAGGCUCUUGCAGAAGUUAUUGGGCGUGUUCGCCAGCUGCUACAGUGGAAGGUAUAAACAAGAUUAUGAAAAGAAACUUGAAAACAUUGUCUGAACAAGAACUCAUAGACUAUGAGUCUGUGACACAAUUUACAACAAUGGCUGCAACGGUGGUCUCAUAG